AUGGACAAAUUUCUUGGUCAGGAUGAUGAUCCCAAUUGUGUCAAAUGUGAUAUUCGUGCCGUAUGUGUUCGUAUGGGAAAUACAACCGGUGUCAGUUGUGUUUGUAUGCCCGGUUUCACUCUAACAGCAACUGGUCAAUGUAUUCUUGAAGGUCAUUGUUCAAAUGAAAGUCAAUGUUUGUGUCUAAAUGGUUACGGUGGUAUUAUGUGUGAAUUAGAUAUUAAUGAAUGUGUGCAAAGUAUCACAGGAGAUAAUAUUUGUGGAAAUCAUCCAUGUACUAAUUUACCUGGUGAUUAUCAUUGUCAAUUUAGUGGCAUUGGUCUAUUUGUUAUUAUUCUGUCAUCAGUCAUUGUUACGUUAAUUGUUUUAUUUUUAAUAUUAUUAUCUAUUCGAACAUUUUUACAAUAUCGAUUAACACGAAUAGCAAAAGAAAAAGAUCCACAGUCAAAUCCACAUUUGGUGACAUUAACAACGGGUUUUGAUGAUUCAGCAUGUGUGAGACCGAUAAAACGAAUUUAUAUGCCAAUGACUACAAGUUUUCAAUCGAUCUCAAAUGAUAAACAAACAAAAAUUGAUGAAAUAUUUCCACCACAAUAUGAGGAUACAAAAAGUUAG